AUGAGUGCUCCACCAGGUCACACCGAAAGCAGCGAAGGGAAUAACAUAAUUACUUUCGUUCAAUGGAUCGAUAGCAUCCUCACCUCGGGCAUCUUGGUGAACGCCAAUUUUUUGCGCAUAGAAGAUGAGAAGGGGAAGAAGAGGAAGCGACAGGAAAGUCUCGAGGAGGCAACAGCAGACAAGGUGAGAAACGUAAAACGGUUACGACACGAAAAUGAGAGAAAUGCAAGCAAAACGUUGGAGGGGGAUGAGGAGGAUAGAGGAAACUAUCACAGAGGGGGAAAUAACCAAGUUGCCAGCUCCCCCCUUUAUCGAAAUGUUAAAAGGUCCACACAGCUGUACCCUUUAGAACCUGAUGAGAGCAUAAUAUCUUUUCAGGAAGAUAAAGAAAAUGAGCUUAUCGAUAGGGACAAAAUGCUCCCGAAGGGGAAAUCCAAAAAUGAUGAUUCUUCCUCAUGUGACAUAUCCGAAAUAGAAAGCGACGAAGAACAGAAUGAAGGGAUGGCCAAACCGGGGAGUAAGGACGCACAAGGAAAGAGUUCACUCAUUGUUACGAAAAAUUACCAACAGGGGGGCAGCGAGUAUGGCCAUACUCAUAUGGAGGUAAAAGGAGGCGUUCCUGGCCCAUUUAACUACGAUAUAACGAGCAGUCUUAUGUUUUUUUCGUCGGAUGAAGAUCACUACGAUGGGGAUGGUGAAAGAAGUACUAGCGAGGAAACAUCCAGGAGGUCCAACUAUGUGUCCAUUUGUCUGAACUACGAUAAGAUGGAAAAAAAUAUAACCACCAUGAGGGAGAUGGACGAUGAAUUUUACAACUUAUCAAUGCAGGACCAUCAGCAAGGAGAGGGUGUGAAGGAUUGGGGUGACACUCGAACAGCUGUUCCUGCGGUUAUUGCAAAGGCUGACGGGGAAAACAAUCCCCCCCGCGAGGAUCAUGUGCGCAAUGGCAGAAAAACGGCCACCUGCAGCAAUGACAACAGUUGGGCAACCAACAGGGAGGAAGGCAACAACGCUAGCAAUAGCAAUAUAACGAGUUUGAAGGUGGGCGAGAGGACGAAGAAGCAGGAGGAAGCAUCCCCAAAAAAUGCGGCCGCAAAUUUCUCCUUCUGGAAUAUAGCACACCAAACGUACGUAACAAGACCACUGUACGCACAACACUUGAAAAAGGAGCAAGUUUCAUUGUUGGAUGAAUCAGAAGAAAUGGUCAAAAGCUAUUCCGUUAAUAAGUACUCCAUAAAAUAUGUGCCUAGACAUUUGCUUUAUGUAGUGAGUCAAGUAGCAUCCAGAACAUUUUUCGACCCCCUAUAUAGGAAGAAGUUGUUUCGUCAUUAUUAG